AUGAAUAAACGAAAAUCACGUCUUCUGAAUAAAAGAAGUGAUGAUACAGAUGUACAUGAAAGUGAUUUACCUGUUAAAAAACGUAAUCGUACUAAGAUUACAGGUGCAAAUAAGCUAUUAUUUGAUGAACAAGGUGUUAUUGAUAAUUCUAGUAGUAUUUUACUUUCUAAAUAUCUCGUUAAUAUUUUUGUUUUAGUUGAUGAACCUACAUUUACAACAUUGGAAACUGUUUCACUUAAUCAACAUGGAAACUUCAAUGAACUUGAAAAUUCACCACCACCACCACUUGUCAUUGAUACUAGUCAAGAAACAGAUUCAUCUCAAUCGAUUAUGUCUGACUAUGCUCGAAGAAGUGAAUCAGUUGAAGAACGUGUGUCAAAUCGAACAGCUAAUGGUGAUUAUGAAACACAAAAUUAUUUAUCAAUUAAUCGAGCACGUUGUAUAUCUAAUGAAAAUCGUUUGGACAUUAUCAAUCAGUCGAAUAAAGAGUGCUUACCCGAAGAAAAUCGAACACCUUCCAUUGAUCAAUCAACCGAAAAUCAAUGUGAAUUGAGUAUUCGAUCACAAUCAUCAAAUUUUCAUAUCAUUGCUUCGGAUGAUCGACGUCGACGAAACUCAGAGGAAGAUCUAAAUUUCAAUCAUACAUCGGCUACACCUAUUCGACCUCCUCAUCAUAAUCAAAUUAGUAAUGGUUUUGCUGAUGCUUUUAAUAAUUCAUUUUCUGUCGAUACUAUUUCAUGUGAUAUAUAUGACACUUUAUCCAGUUUUCCCGACUUUCUUUGCUUAGUAAAGGCUUACCAGGAAGAACAAAAGAAAUGUUCAAAUUUGCGAAAAGAAUUUGCUUCUCUUAAAAAUGAUUAUGAACAAUUGAAAGCAAACUCCUUUCCUCGUCCUCCUGCACCUGCACUCAAUUUUCUAGUAGAUUUGGUUACCUUAAUCAAACAAUCAAGUGGACUUGAAGAUUCACGAAGUGAUGAUCAAUUAGCAUCUGAUCUAGGCGAAGAUACAACUUUCUUAAUGGGUUUAAAAGGUGAUACUCCUCAAGAAACAGUAUUGAAUCUUUUCAAUCAUAUUUAUCCUGGAUAUGAAACUAAAGCUCAAUUAGGUUCAACAAAGAAACUGAAAAUAAAAAAACCUGGUCUUUUGGAAACGAUUUUAGCUUUUGCUCAACGAUCAUCACCAGGUACAAUCUACAAAAUGCGAGAUUUACAGAAUACUUUGAAUAGCAGUAUUCGGGGUGCCCGGUUUCGUUGGCGAAAGGCUCAAAGUUCAAUGAUUCAUAAUGCAGCUCGUCGCAAAAAAAAUCGUAAUCAAAUGAAAGUUCAAGAUGAAUCUCGUCAUAAGCGAAUGAAUGAUGAAAAGUACUGA